AUGGCGCCCAGGAAGCCGCGCGGGCCGAGCGCGGGCCGGCCGGGCGCGCCGGGGGAGGGCGCGGGCGCGGGCGCGGGGCCGCCGCCGUCGGAGCGCGCGCAGUUCCUGCGGCGGGAGCUCGCGCUGCUGGCGGGGAAGCUGGCGGCCAGCGAGGCGCGCGCGGAGCGGGUGCUGCGGGAGAACGCCCUCCUGGACGGCGAGGCGCUGCGGCUGCGCGAGGAGAACCGGCUCUACGCCAGCUACGUGAGCGCCCGCGCGCAGCGCUGCGCCCGCGCCGUCGUGCGGCUGGACGAGCAGAGCCGCGCGGACCUGGCGCAGAUCCGCCUGCAGCGCGCGGAGCUCGAGGCGCUGUACCGCGGCCGCGAGGAGGGCGUGCGCGCGCAGCUGCUGGAGAUGGAGGGGCGCGCGGCGCAGAUGGCGCGGCAGGUGCAGGAGCUGCAGCCCUACAAGGAGCUGCAGCUGGAGCAGCUGGCGCGCAUCCGGGCGCUGGAGCGCGAGCUGCUGCACAAGCGCGUGGAGCACACGCAGCUGCUCCACCGCGUCAAGCGGCGCUUCCUGGAGGACAAGGCGGCCUUCGAGCGCGAGGCGCGCCAGCGCGUGCAGUCCCUGGGGCGGCGCGCGGAGCGGGAGGCGGCGCGCGCGCUGCUGGCGCACACUCAGGCCAUCAAGGCCGACAACGGGCGCCUGCGGCAGGAGCUGCUGCGGCUGCUCGGCCGGGCCCAGCUGCUGCACGUGCUGCGGCGCCGGCUGCUGGAGCAGCGGGACCUGCUGCGGCGCGAGCACGAGGACGCGCGGGACCUGGCGCGCGUGCACGGCUGGCUGCGCCGCGGCCCCGAGGGCCCGCCCCUGUGGCAGCCGCCGCCCGCCUCGCGGCCCGGGUCCUCGGGCGACUCCGAGGAGUCUCCGCGCGGCGGACUCACGGGGGCCGCCCUGGGCCCCGUCCGGGCCUCGCUCUCGAGUCCCCUCCUUGGCCCCCGCCCCCCGGCCUCCCGGGCCUCGUCCCUGCUGCCCCCGGGGCCUUGGGCCCGGGAUUCCCUCUUGACCCCGCGGGGGCCUGACUCCCGAGUCCGGUCGCUGACCCCGGCUCCCCUGGGCUCCGGGCACCCGUCCUUGACGUCGGGGGCCGCGCGCUCUUGGAGGGCCUUGGUGCCCGAGGCCUCACAGCACAGCACCCUGGCGCAGGAGGCCGGGCCGGCUCAGGCUCCUCCCAGCCCUUCGUCCUGGGCGCCGGGGGACAGUGGCUCUGUGGCCAGGGGCUGA